UGUGCAACAAAACAACCAAUUUUCGUUUCCACAAAAAUUAAGUCAUGUAAUAAAGCAAAAUUUCCCAUAAACCAAACCAAAAAAAUACUUGAAAUAUCUAUGAAACAUGUAUCUUACGUAAAAGGGAUCCAAGAUGAAUCAUUUUAAGAAUUUGGCAAUAGGGGUAGCGAGAUCUAGCCAGAGCUUGAAGAAGUUUUCAGCACCUAUCAAAAGUUUUGAUCCGAGGCUUUAUAAUCGCUUUAUCUGCCAACCAAUGACCACAGUGCCUAUCAGAAGUUAUAGUAGAAAACCUUCAACUUGUGAUGUCUGCUUGUAUCCACCAGAUAAAAGACCAUGCUUCGAUAUCAGAAGCGUCACUGUGGAACGCGGUAACGCCUGCCACGCGCGUAUGAUCCGGUCGUUCCUCUACACGCACUUCUGGCCACGGGAGCCCAGCGUGGCUGCUCUGUGGAUGUCUUUGGACUGUCCCUACCUGGACAUCCUCACCGACAAGUAUUCUAACUCUGGUGAUCGUCUCCUUGCUUUUGAGCACGUGGCCCGGACUGGUGAGCGUCGGCUAGUUGGCGUCAGCGUGGCCAACAAGAUCAACCCGUGGGUGGCAGAUGAGCUCGAAGACUGGGCUCAUUUCACGUACUCGCAGCCUGAACGGAACAGAAUGUACUUCUGCGCCCACUGCUAUCGAAGCCCUAACUUCUUCGACAAGUAUGACGUGCCGUACCUCUAUGACGUGGAAGUACUAGCAACAGCCGCUGAAGUCACUGGGCAGGGCGUGGGUACUAUGAUUCUGAAAACAUUGCUUGAACACGCGCAAGAGUUGCGACAUCCACUUGUAACUGUCAUCGCUACCAGUCAAUACACGUCAAAGAUCUGCGAGCGAUGCGGCAUGAAGCGUGAGUGGACCAUGGACUAUUCGGACUUCGUGGACGACAAGGGGCAGCGCGUGUUCUUUCCGCGGCGGCCGCAUCAUACCGUCGCCAUCUACACCAAGCACCACGACCCCAAGGUGCCUCCGCCGGUGCCUUGCAAGCCGCCGUAUUGAACACCGUAAGCUUCGUUUCAUUCAAUUCUAUGGCCUAGGCAAAAGGUACAAAAACAAUGACUUGUAAAGAGUUACCCACUUAUUUUUUAGUGGGAGUGCAUCGAGUACAUCAGCAAUGCCAAUAGAGAAUGCACCAUACUGCCGAGUUCAAAUCGAUAUGAUCGCAUACAUUAACUUUCUGAAGCUAAGUUGCAUCUGUCACAAAAAUAUACCUGUGUUGAAAAACAAAAUUUGAGCCAAACAGAAUCGCUCUCUUGAUAAAUGAAGACCAUUUACACUACUUUCAACUGCAUGUAAAGCUGAAGAAGAGACUAAAUUAAAAUAUGAUUCAAAAAUUUUUUGAUCUUUCAAUUUCUAAAAAGGGGCGUAAGUUUGAAGCAUUAGAAUUUCGAUUCACAUUCGAAUGCACAGAAAUUACGAUUUUUGAGAUUUCGUAUGCUGAUCAAAAUUAAAAUGAUUCAAAAAUACGUAACAAAAUGGGGACAGCUUUCAUGAUUACAAAGAACAGAACCAUACAGGAAUGUAAG